AUGGCAGAAGCCAGUAUUUCAGUGGAUCAGGACCAUUUCAGAUGUUCAAUUUGUUUGCAACUGCUGAAGGAUCUGGUGACUAGUCCCUGUGGACACAAUUUCUGCACGGGCUGUAUCAAUAGCUAUUGGGAUCAGGGUGAACCGAAGGGAGUCUACACCUGCCGCCAGUGCCGAGAGAACUUCAACCCAAGGCCUGCACUUCGCAGGAACAACAUGCUGACAGAACUUCUGGUCACAAUGCAGAAGACAGAUCUCCAUGAUUCCUUUUUCUCCUUUGUAGAGCUCUCUUUCUCCAAGGUCCAAGAUGUGGAGUGUGACUCCUGCAUAGGUGAGAAGAAGAGAACACAUUCUGCACAGAGAGCAGUGGAAGACAGUGAGAAGACCCUUACUGAACUGAUCCACUUCAUGGAGAACCGGAAAUCUGAGGCAACAAUGCUGAUCAGAGAUCAGGAGAAGGCUGAGCUGGAUCGAGCCACAGAGGUCCAGGAGCAUCUGGAGCGUGAAAUCGCUAAGCUUCGGCAGAAAGGAACUAGGCUGGAGCAACUUUCAGACACAAAUGAUUACGUCCACUUCCUCCAGUGCUUUCAGCUCCUUAGGUCUGCUCUAGAAAAUGAUGACACUUUUACGAUCUCUUUGAAUCAACGAUGGCAGUUUUUUUUUAGGGCAUCUGUAUCCCAACUUAAGGAGGAAGCAGAAGAGUUCUGCAAAGAAAAAUGGGAGAUGAUUUUUAAAAACGUGAACAUCGGCCAGAUAAUUAGUCCCUGAGCCAGGAACCAGGGAGGAAUUCCUGAAAUUUUCCUGUGAGCUAUCCCUAGAUCCCAACACAGCCAAUUAUUAUCUUCGUUUGUUGGAUUGUAACACACAAGUCACAUGCAGUGGGCUACAUU